AUGUUUGUUUAUACUUCAUUUCAUAUAUUAUUGUACAUUUUGGCAGUGAAUGGCGUUCCUAGUUAUAUGUUUGGUAAGUUCUAUAAGAUGAAUGAUAUAAAGUGGCAUAAAAAAGUUUUGUCGUAAAUUCAAUAUGAUUUUCAUUUGAAAAAACGACAUAACUUUUGUGCUAGUUUUAAACUAAGUUUUAUAGAAGAAAUACAUUGUCAUAAGAUUGUUCAAUUAGUGUUACACCCACGGAGGCGGGGACUUUUGGUCCUCCCCCCCCCCUUGCGCCCGGCCCCGGUUAUACCCGCCUUAAUUGUAACCCUAUACCUAGCUUCUUUAUCAUUGUUUUAAGUUUAUCGUUACAGAUGCCUUCAAAAAAGCGGAUCAAGACGUGUCAGUCAUCUACAAUUUUACAGAACCUAGACUUUUUAAUCAGUUCGGUAAGUCAUUUUUGCUUACAAUUUUAGCCUUCGUAUUUUACAUAAUAUUGAACUAAAACUAAAAAAAUUGGUUUAACUUUAUUUUAGAAAACGCUCCAUCAACAUUGUCACACGCUAAGAAUCAGUGGAUGCAAUACACCUAUUCAACUUCAGAAGCCAAGAAGCGAGCUUACCUCGGCUAUGUCAUGCUGAAAACUGCUCAGGUCAUGAAGACGUAAGAAUACCCUACCCUACCCUAUCCUACCUACCCCACCUUACCCAAGCCUAUGUAAAUUGUGAAUAAAAGCCUCAUUUUAGUCCAAUAACCAAUCUAAAACACAUCAGAGGUGAUGAAAUGGUAGAAGCCGCUAGCUGCGAACAAACCAAAGGACCUUGUGUCAAUUUUAAUUACCGUACUUACGAUGGUAGCUGUAACAAUAUCAAACAUCCAGAUCAAGCUGCUACUUAUACUGCCUUUCAACGCGAACUAGAUGCUGACUAUUCUGAUGGUAAUUUUAUAUAUCUUAUUUUUCGUAUUUUACGAAUGUUUUUUAAAAUUUUUAAAAUUCAAAAUUCCAAAAAAUCCAAAAAAUUUUUAAAAAUGACAUUUUAGGUCUAACAGAAUUCCGAAAAGCCAUCGACGGAUCAGAUUUACCCAAUCCUCGACUAUUAUCGACCAUGUUAUUCAACUCUCGACAGAAUGACGAGCGAAUUCGAGAGUUGAGCGCCAUGUUUCCUUAUUGGGGAAUGUUCGUAUACACUGAUAUGGUACAAAUUGGCAGUUAUCAGCUUAUAAAAGGUAAAAUUAAAACGUUUUUUUUUAUUUUUUGAUACAUUCUAAAGGUACUUUUGUUGCACUUUAAUUUUUUUUGGUUUAAAAAGUUCGAAAAAUACGAAAGCAUGUUUUCGUGGUGGGACCUAAUUUUUGAAGAUUUGUUAUUUUUUAAUGUAAAACAUAGGUUUAAACGGUUUUUUAUGUUAUAAAUUGUUGCCUUUUGUUCCGACAUAAAACGUUAAAAAAAAUUUUUGUGGUAGGACCCAUUUUAACAAAAUUUCUUAAAUCUAUGCUAUAUAUGUAAACAGCUCAUCAAAAUUAGCCCUACAAUACCAAUAAAACUAUAAAAAAAUUUUAAAAAAAGUCAUUUUAGACGGUCGCCACGUUCCACUACCGUGCUGUGAAGCGACUCAUCCAGAAUGCAAAGCCAUUAAAAUUUUCGCGUCAGACCGUUACUAUGGUGGAUUUGUUGAUUGUAUCGACUAUGCUAGGACCAUGAUAGCUCCAAAAGCAAAUUGUGCAUUUGGAGCUAGAGAACAACAGAAUCAAGCUACUGGUUAUUUGGAUGGCAGUACUAUUUAUGGUAGUACUGAAGAGAGGGCGAAGAAGUUGAGAGAGCUUAAAAAUGGUAAGGAUAUCAAUAGUAGACCUAAGUUUAGAACUAAAGCUAGGAUAAAAUAAGGUAGGGCUAGGGAUUAGGCUAUGACAAGGGUAGGGCAAGGCUAGGGCAAGGCUAGAGCAAAGCUAGAGCUAGUGUUUAGGCGGGGGGUCUGGGCUAGGCAGGUCUGGGCUAGGGCAGAACUAAGACAAAGUUAAAAUAACGCUAAGGCAAGGCUAGAUCAAGGCUGGGACAAGGAUAGGACAAAGCUAAGACAAGGCUAGGGCUUACCUGGGCUAGAGGCAUGAGCACGAGUGAGGGCUAGGGCAGGACUGAGACAAGACUAGAGCAAUGGCAAGGCUAGAGCAAAACUAGUGCAUGGCUACUACUCAGGCUAGUCCAAAAAAAAGACAUACGUCUACAUUAUUACCUACAAUACUCUAAUUUAGGCCUCCUCCGAACCUCCGACAGUGCUCAAUACAAAUUUCCAAUGCCAAUAUCUACCGGUAUAUCUGACGACAUUAAAUGUCCUGGUGGACAAUCUGAGUGUUUCGUCAGUGGAUCAGAACAUGUCAAUUUGCUACCACCAUUAUUAGGGCUACAUACUGUUUGGAUAAGGCAACAUAAUCGAAUUGCUGGGAUUUUGAAAGUAAGUUUUUAGGUAUUUAACAAGGCAUUUUAAAAUUUUUUAGCCUAAAAAAUGAAAAAUUCUCCCCUUUCCAGACCUACAACCUCAAAUGGAACGACGAACAACUGUACCAAGAAGCAAGACGAAUUGUCAUAGCUCAAAUACAACACAUUACCUACAACGAGUACCUGCCUCUGCUGAUUGGCAGAGAAACCUGGCAUGCUUAUAAGUUGAGCCAAUCGAACUUAAAAACAAAUUCACAGCCAACGGACCCAUACGAUAUGAAUGUAGACGCUUCAGUUGUUAAUGGUUUUGCUACUGUUGCUGGGAAGGUAAGACGGUUUUGAUAUGGGGCACGUUAAGGAAGGUGUAAUAUAUGUAUUAGAUAUUGUAGUAGGACUGUAGAAAAAUAAUUUCGUUUUAAACGGUUUGUUACCUAAAAAUCUGUCUUAUUUAGUUCUUCUACACAAUGAUAGCAGACUCAGUAGCACAAGUUCAACCAGACGGAUUUAGAGCUAUGGAUAGAAGUUUGAGCGAUUACAUGAACAAAGUCAAAACAUUGUUGUUUGGAGAGGAUAUCGAAGGAAUCUUGCGGUAAUUUUCAUUAAAUUUACGCUUCAAAAGGGGUAUACUAGUUAAGGAUACAGUAGAGUGAGGAAUGAUGGAGAAAAGUAGGGCCACUGAUAGUGUAUAAGUAACACAAAGUGGUGCAGGGCAGGCUACCCUGCACCACUCUAUCUUUCUUUAACAGUAAAGUACCGUAACAAUCAGGUUUUGAAACGAAUAAAAUUUUUUAAAUUUGAAUUUUUUUAACAAUUUUCAUGACACAUUUCAGUUACCUAAUGCGUGACACCCCGGAAGCCUACGGUCUUCAACUACCCUACGACCUGCGUGGUCGUAUGUUCAAAGGCACAACAAACAUGGGUCUAGAUUUGGCUACAAUGUUGAUUCAGAUGUCUAGAGAUCACGGUAUUCCAAGUUACACCAAAUGGCGUGAUCAUUGUGGACUUCAAAGUGUGAAUUCAUUUGAAGAACUCGAGAAAGACAUUAUCAAUCCAGAAAUCCUGAUACCGGCCAUGAAACGAGUCUUCACUAGCGUACAUGAUGUUGAUCUGGUGAUAUUGGGAUUGGCCGAAAAACCUGUUAGAGGAGCGGUUUUGGGGCCGACGUUGGGUUGUAUUGUGGGGAAACAGUUCAAAAAGGUAGGUUUUUUUGAUUUGUCAGGGUAGGGUAAGGUGGGGUAGGGUAGGUUAGGGUAGGAUAAUGUAGGGUAGGAUAGGUCAGGGUGGGGUAAAGUAGGGCAGGACAAAUUACGAGUAAGGGUAGAGUAGAAAAAACUAUUGUAACCAAUUUUAAAAUUUUCAGACAAAGUUUGGAGAUCGUUUUUGGUACGAAAACACGAUAGCUCCUUGGGGUUUCUCAAAAGCUCAACUCAACGAAAUUCGCAAAACGACGUUAGCUCAAGUGAUUUGUGAAAACAGUCAGCAACCUCUAAUUCAACCUCAACUUUUUAAGUCAGCUGAUAAGAAGGAGUAAGUUAAAGCGUCAGGCUUAUUUUGAGUAUGCAAUUUUAAUCUAGAAGGGGAGGGGGGAGGAAGCAAAAUUUUUUAAAAAUAUUUUUAAACGUAAAGUAGAACUAAAAAGGUUCACCAGCCUCGGACCGGUUGUUAAAGCAAAUUUGAAAAAGGCCAUACCGGGUCAAGACAUUUGAGCGCCCAAGCGCUCCUGGGGCCUAAAGUCCGAAAAGUCCAGCUUAGGUCCCGAAACAAAAGAUUUGGCUAGCGAAAAGUGUAAAACAAAUCUGAUGUUAAUCGGGCCGGGCAAACACAAUGGACCCGGUUCAAUUAAACCACCCACCCACCCUACCCUAACCAUCCAAUUAAGACCCCUUUAAAGGUCUAAUCAAAGGGGCAGGCCACGUUUAAUUUUUUUUCAAAAAAAAUUUUUUUGGAGUAUGGGGGGAGGGGGGAGUAAAAAUAAUUUUAAAAAAAUUAAGUCUUGUGAUUUCAAAAGUAAAAAAAAUGUUUUAGUAACUUCCCCUUACUCUGCAACACAUCUGAUCUAAUUCAACAAAGCUUCGAACCCUGGAGAGACAGUGAAGUUGUGGUUCAGAUGCCAGUCACAAUGGCCACAGUUGAAAAAGCAAUCGAGAUCGGGUUAAAAGUUGUGAAGGAGAGACGAAAACGAGAGGCUGAUAAUAUCAAAAAAUGUAAAAUUUACUUUCAGAUUUGAAUUUUUUAAAAUGAUGUUUUCAGUACAGUAGAAGAGACUUUAGAACAUCAUACUCUCAUUAUAAAGAAUACUAAAGGGUUACAUAUUGUGACAUUUUAGACCAAAAACCUUAUCAAACUGGAGACCCAUUGCUGGCUUAUGGCCAAAUGAUGAGGGCUAAAAAGGAAGCUUUACAUACAUCUACAGUAUCCUCUGUAUUACUUGAAGCUACCCGAUAUUUGAUGAAUAAGUAAGUUUAGCAACUAUACCCUGCCCUAUCACACCUUUCCCUACCCUAUCUUAUCUUACCUUACCGUACCCUACCAUAACUUACACUAUCCUACCUACCAUACUCUACCCCAUUUUUACCUUAUCUUACCCUACUUUACCUCAACGUAACUUAUACUGCCGUACCCUAGACCCUACCGUACCUCUGACUUGGCUUACCUAGUCUACAACAGUAAAAAUUAAAAAUUUUCAGUGGCUCCCUAACCAGAAGUGGUGUCCUAGGCGGAGUACAACUUGACCCAGAAACUCUACAACGAAUCCUUCCAGACUUUGAAGUUUCCGAAUUCGUGGGUAAUAUCGGCCCAUUUCUCGGCCAAGAUGGAUCGAUCGACAAGUGUCUACCCAAAGACCUACCAUGUGAUCAUACCUCACCCUACCGCACUUUCAGUGGCUGGUGUAACAACCUUCGCUUUCCGCAGUACGGUAACGCUUUCGGGCCGUUAAGACAUAUCUUCGCACCCGAAUACGACGAUGGCAUUGAUGCCCCCAGGGCACAUGCUGUUAGUGGAAGAAAAUUACCGCUAGCUAGAGCUAUAUCAAAUGCUAUUCAUGUGGAUUCACCGUUUUCGGAUGAAAAAUUUACGCAUAUGGUCAUGCAGUUUGGGCAACUACUAGAUCAUGAGGUCACUCAUUCACCGGUUGAGAGGGGUAGGAGCAUAAUUUAAAUUUUUAUGCUUCAGUUUUCGUUUUUAAGCUUAAUUAAAAAAAAUUAAAGUUCAUAACCCUUACCACUUCUCCAGGUCCAAACGACGAAAUCCUGAACUGCACCAGAUGUGAUUCUCCCCAAACGUUAUCAGUUCAUUGUAUGCCAAUCCAUUUGCCCGAUGAUGACACUUUUCAUCAAACAUACGAUGACAAAGGUGAACGCCGUUGUUUCCCAAUGGCCAGAAGUUUGUUGGGACAGUUGAGUUUAGGAUACCGGAAUCAGCUGAAUCAAUUGACGAGUUACAUCGAUGGAAGUGCCAUUUAUGGAUCAACCAAAUGUGAAGCGGCCGAAUUGAGGCAGUUUGUUGGAGGGCUGAUGAACUUCACUCGAAUUGGUAGCUUUAAUAAGUAAGGUUUUGAGGAAAUAGAGGAAAACAAUUUUAAUAACUCAACGAAGUCCAUUGGUUGAGUUGAGCUCUGCGAUAUUGUUUUAGAUCAAUUUCUUACUGAAUUAUCAAUUUAUGAAAAAGCCCUACAAUAAGAUCAAAACUAAAGGAACAUGUUCGACAACAUUAUAUGAUUUAGACUGUGCCUUAAACAUUGAAAAGUAUUCUACAAACAAUAAAGAAGAUUCGAUUAUCAUUAACCUAUCAAUUCUCCACUUUUUUCGCUCCAAAACAAGCCAAAACACUAUUCUGACUAAAACAUUGGUCUAAAACAAUAUCGAGGUGCUCACCAUUCAAAAUAUUGCUCAAAAAAGCACGAACCGGUCAAAUUCGGUUAAGAUAGUCGAUGUUUUACCUAAACCAACAAAAAUAGUUUAAGAAAAAACACUUACCAAUCGACUUCCGAUACUGUUUUAGCUGGAAUUGAGCUGAAUUCAUCGCAUUGUUAUUGAAACAAGGUAAAAGUGUAGAUUUUGAUAAAACCUGAAAAAUGGAUUAAAUUUUUAAUAUUUUACAAUAUAUAAACAACAGUUUCCUUUAAAAUCGCGAAAUAAAUCAAGAAUAUUCGCCUUGAAUAUUAUUCACCGAAAAAAUUCGAAAAAUAUUUUUUUAGCAAAAAUUUCGAGGAAAUUUGAAUGGAAAUCUAAAUUGAGAUUAGUUAAGGGCUAGGAAAUGGCUAAAGUAAGGAUAGAGAAAAGUAAUAAUUUGUUUUAAAUUAACUCUAACAAAAACUUUCUUUUCAGUGAAGCCCUACCUCAAGGAGACCAAGAACAAGACUGCCGUUCCAAGCCUCGUUUCCCUUGUUUCGUAGCCGGAGACGAGCGGAACAGCCAUCAGCCUGGACUAACAACAAUGCAUACCAUAUUUCUACGAGAACAUAAUCGUAUAGCACGUGAAUUGGCGGAUCUGAAUCCAUUAUGGAACGACGAGAGGUUGUAUCAGGAGACGCGGAAGAUCGUGGCAGCAAUGUUUCAACACAUUGUUUAUGAUGAAUAUCUGCCAAAGCUGUUGGGACGACGUUAUAUGGAGAAGUAUGAUUUGUCGACCAAGAAGAAUGGGUAUUAUAGAGAGUACGACGACUCAUGUGAUGCUAGUAUCAGUCAUCCGUUCGCUACGGCUGCUUUUCGAUUUGGGCAUACUUUGAUUAGGCGGUGAGUUUGUGUUGUUUUAGUUGGUUUAGUUAGGGAAAAGUGGAAUUAUGACUCUAUUUUUGAAGGUGGAUUUUAUUUGGGGAUGGUAAAAUUGUGGCCAACACUUUGGCUGUGGAUUUCUUAAGUUAAGUCACUAAAAGUCCUUCUAAAUCAUUGAAUUACAGCUACUUUCCUCGCCUAAAUCAUUUCUACAAAAACGCAACAGAACCAGUAGAUUUACAAGAAAGUUUUAACAAUGUAGAAGCCAUAUAUGAUAAGGAUAAGGGUGGUAUGGACAGUUUGUUGGUCGGACUAUUAGGUACAAGAUGUAUGGCAUUUGAUCGACAUAUCACGGAUGCUGUGAGGAAUCAUCUCUUUCAGCAAAAAGGAUGGCCAUUCUCUGGCUUUGAUCUGAUUGCUUUGAAUAUUAUGAGGGCUAGAGAUCACGGUGUUCAACCUUACAAUCGCUUUAGGUAUGGUGCGAUAAUUGUACCUAAACUUAAAAAAAAUUUUAGAGAGUUUUGUGGCCUAAAAAGAGCUCGAUCAUUCGAGGAUCUCUUGGAAAACAUGGACGAAUCAGCUGUGAAUGCUUUGGAAUCAGUUUAUGAGAGUGUUGAUGACAUUGACCUAUUCCCUGGAUUGUUCUCGGAACGACCAAUGGGUGGGGCGUUGAUGCCACCAACAAUGGCAUGUAUAAUUGGAGAACAAUUCCAACGAUUGAAGAAGUGUGAUCGAUUUUACUAUGAAAAUGACAUUCCUGAAACCAAGUUUAGUCAAGGUAAACAAAAUUCGAUUUUUGAUUCCAUUUUUUAUGUUAUGGCUUGAAUAUUACAGAAUAUAUUACAGUAUAGCACCUUUUAUUAUGAUAUACUAGGGUAGGCUUUAAGGGUAAGGUAAGGUAAGGUAAAGUAAGGUAAGGCAAUAUGAAAUAAGGUAAGUUAGGGUAUGACACGGUAGAGGAGAAUAGCUUAGGGUGUGGUAGGUUAUAGCAUGGUAGUGCCAAUUCUGGUAGGUUGGGUAAAGUAGAGUAUACCAAAAUUAAAAACGUUACAGUACACUAUCACCACAAUGUAAAACACCUCAAAAUCUAUAUUUCCAGAGCAACUCCAAGAGAUACGAAACGUCAAGCUAGCCACAAUACUAUGCGAAAACAGUAAAAUGCUCUCCAGAAUCCAACCAGACGUGUUCAGUAUACCAAACAGCCUCAGUAACGCCCAAAUACCAUGUGAAAACUUUCCCAAACUCAACUUGAAACCAUGGCAAGAUACGACCGGAUGUCGUAUAGGUAACAGUGACGUACCCCGAGGUACGAGUAAACAAAGGUCACCUUGUGUGAAUUGUAUGUGCACGGCGAAUGGACCAGAAUGCAGAUCGGUUAGAGUAAAGGAUUGUAAAACGCUACUACGAGGCCAUUUACUGGCUGAUAUCAAGUCUGAUGUAUCGUGCGUUGUACAGUGCGCGCCUAUGUUAAGGAAGUUGUAA